AUGGAGUCUCUCAAGCAGACCAAGCUUAUUCGGCCGCCCCCAGAUGUCGACUGUCUGCAGUCACGGCCUGGAAAUUCCAGAUUUCUGUAUACAGUCACGGCAUUCGUGUCGUUAGGUGCAUUCUUGUUCGGAUAUGAUCAAGGUGUUAUGGGAGUGAUCGUUGCUGAUGCGCGGUGGGUUGAUCUAAUGCAUCCUAAGAACUCUUGGGUCACCGGUACAGUCGUCUCCUUGUACGAUGUCGGAUGUUUCAUUGGGGCUAUGUCGCUUGGAUACCUCGCAGAUCCACUGGGCCGUGAGCGCACUCUGUCCGUUGCGUGUGUGGUUUUUGUUGUCGGUGCUGUUAUUCAAACCGCAUCGUAUACUGUUGUACAGAUUACUAUUGGUAGGGUCAUUUUGGGGAUUGGAGUGGGGGCUUGUGCAGGCGGUGUUCCCCUCUACGUCGCCGAAAUAGCACCGCCUGCGAUUCGCGGAAGAAUUGUUGCAAUCGAGCAGAUGAUUCUUUGCCUAGGAGAGCUGUUUGCAUUUUGGCUCAACUACGGCUUUAACUUCCUCGAUACAAAGGAUUGGUGGCGCAUCCCCUUGGCCAUUCAAAUUGUCCCUGCCAUCAUUCUCGGCGUGGGCUGUUGGUUCUGGGUACCUCCCAGUCCACGAUGGCUGGCCAGCCAGGAUCGCCACGAAUGUGCGAGGGAGGUUCUGACUCGAUUCCAUGGCUCGGAGACAGCGGAGCUGGAAAUGCAGGAGAUUCAGGCUUCCAUUCAGUUUGAACAUACCGUCAGCGAGGCCAGUUGGAGCGACAUGUUUGUGAUGCCUGUUCUUCGCGUGACUGCGCUGGGCAUGGCCGUUCAAUUCUUCCAACAAAUCACUGGAACUAACUCAAUUCUCUACUAUACCCCAUCACUAUUCAAGCGUGGAGGCAUAACAGAUCCCCGCACCGCCAACCUCGCAACUGGAGGUGUCGGAAUCGUACUUUUUGUCUUUUCGUGGAUCCCGAUCUUUUAUUUUGACAGACUGGGCCGCAAGACAUGGCUGCAGAUUGGAACCGUUGGGAUGAUGGGAGCCAUGAUCGGUAUCACUGUGCUGCAAUGGCACGCGGAGCACAACCCUGGCGAUCCAGCAAAUUAUACCAUUAUCAUAUUCCCAUACAUCUUCUACGCGUUCUUCAAUAUCAGCUGGGGGGUCGGAUCAUGGACUUAUGCUGCUGAGAUCUUCCCUGUCUCCAUGCGUGCCAAGGGAAACGCCUUAACAACCGCGUCUUUAUGGGCGGCGUGCUAUAUCGUGGCACAAGCAAGUCCCCCCAUUGCCGAUGCGAUUGGCUGGGGACUUUACAUAAUUUACACUGGUAUCUGCGUUGUUGCGUUCUUCUUCGUGCGAUACGCUUUGGUUGAAACCCGCGGUCGAACCUUGGAAGAGAUGUCCCGGCUGUUUGGCAUCGAAAGCCGUUUGGCAGAGCAAAGUGGAGUGAAGCCCAGUCUGGCCAUUAAAGAUCCCACGGAAGAGCAGGUAGAGGAUGUGGGCUCCUCUAGCUGA